UGCGGCUCAAACCCGAACCGAACCGACGCGACACGAACCGCACGCGUAAACGAGACGAGAAGCCGGCGGCGACCCGACCAAACCCAACCAUGUCGGCGCGGGACCGCGAGACGGCCGAAGCGCUCGUGCGCUUUGCCGCCGCGCUGGACGGGGCCGUGCUCGGCCUCGGCACGGCGGCCGUCGCCAUCGUGUCGUGGGUCAAGUACCUCGCGGUCUCCGGGGAGCUGCGGCUCGUUGCCUCCGCGACGACGGCCGCCAUCGCUGACCUCGGCUCCCUCCUUCCAGGCGAAGGCGGCGAGCCACGGCUCGCGGCGGUCCGGGGCUACGUGCGCCCCGCCCCCCGGGGCACGAUCAUCGCGCCCCCGGGCUCCGGCGAGCACUGCGUCGUCGCCAAGCACACCCAGAUGUGCUUGUUCACGGAAUGGAGAGGCAUCUUUGGUUGGACCUUUGAUCUGCAUGCUCUCCUUUUUAGGUCAUGGAAAGAGCAAAUCAUAACAUCUUUUAGAUAUGUUCCGUUUGUUCUUGCCAGUUCUGAGUUCGGAAACUCAAUUGGGAUGGUAUAUGUCAAUUUAGAUAAGGCGGAUCAACCAUUACCUCUUACAACUGUGCAUCAUAAACUUAUCCCAAUUGAGACAUCUCCUUACACAUUGUUUCAUACUAUUAUUGGCAAUGGCUAUCCAAUUGCGUUAUUGGAUGAAGAAAAAAUUCUUCCUAUUGGCAAGGAAAUUACAGCAAUAGGACUAUGUCGAACAAAUAAAGGAAGUGUUGAGAUCGGCUCGUGCCCAGAGAUUCCCUUUUUCUUUUCCAAGCUUUUUAACGCCUUGCCUUUGCUCAGAUCUGAGCUGACCAAGGAUGAGAUGCAAGCUGAGCUGACUUCGCGUGCCAGAACACUCUUUUGGGCAAGUAUUGUUUUUGGAGCCUUGUCAGUUUGCUUAGUGGGCCAUGCUAUUUAUAGGGGCUGGGUGAGAAUCAAACUGCGGAGGGAGGCUAGGCAAGCUCAACAAUUAUUUGAGGAGGCUGAAGAUGCUAUUCAAGAAGAUGACUCUAGUGACGAAGAUGAAAUAGGAGACAGGCAAUUAUGUGUUGUGUGCUUAAGGAAGAGAAGAAGAGCAGCUUUUAUUCCUUGUGGGCAUCUUGUCUGCUGUUGCAAAUGUGCAUUAAGAAUGGAACGUGAGGUUGAACCAUUGUGCCCUAUGUGUCGGCAGGACAUCAGAUACAUGAUGAGGAUUUAUGACUCUUGAGGUUCUUUGCUGAUAAGUUCCCUGACGCUGGCAGGUCCUCUUCCUAGUUGUCCCUGCAAACCCGAGGAGCACAACUGUUCAUCCUCCUGGGUGUGCCUCCUUUUCCUAGUCUAGACUACUAGCUAACUUUGUUACUUCAGAUUUGUGAAUGUGAUAUGUCCCAAAUUAUUCUCUUGAUCGCAUGUGAUUCUGUAGCUUAGCUGACCUCAUGAACUAACGCCGAGAAUUACCCGUUCUUUUUGUUGGCAUUGCA